CUCCUGGACCUCCGGCGUCGGGAUAAGCUUGAAUAAGCUCGGAAUCAGCCACACGUGAUUCUCUACUACCAGGAAAGAGCCGCUCCAGGGCCAUCUACACCACCGCCACAGGCGGACUAUUACUACCAAAUACUCACCCCCCGUGACCUCCACGGUGGAUUCCUCGGACAGCAGCGACUCGGGGUACUUCCCCUCGCCCGAAUCAGACAAGGAAAAAAAGCGCCGCCACCGCGCCUCAGUCUCCAUGUCGCAUGCACCCUCGCGCGCCCGCAGCCACAGCAGGGCACCGAGCAACGCGCGCGGCUCUGCGCCCAUCGUGGUUCCCGUCCCGCCCAAGCCGCCGCUCGAGAUCGUAUUACCAGCUUCUCCGCGGCCCCGCAGCAGAGGCCCUGUAUUCGUUGAUGCGCCGGGGCUCAGUGGCGGGAGAGGCAUGUUCAAGCGGCUUAUCGUUGCGUGCGACGGGACGUGGCUGAACAGCGAUAACGGGAUGAUCAAUGGGAAAUUGUCUGUCCCCAGCAAUGUCACGCGGAUGUCGAGAGCGAUCAAGGCAGUCAGCCAGGACGGGGUGCCCCAGAUCGUGAACUACCACUUCGGCGUAGGCAGCUCGGGCGGGCGGCUCAACCGCAUCAUCUCUGGUGCCACGGGCGAAGGCCUGGGUGACAAUGUGCGGGAAGCGUAUUCCUUCCUUGCGAAUAAUUACCAUCCGGGCGACGAGAUCUUCUUGCUGGGGUUCUCGCGGGGGUCGUUCACGGCGAGAGCAAUAGGGGGCUUAAUCGGGGAGGUGGGACUGCUCACGAAGAAGGGGCUUAAUGCGCUGCCCGAGGUCUUCGAAGACGUCCAGCAUCGCAGAGACCCAAAAUAUGUCCCGAAAAACCCGGACAUGCCGUUCCCACACAAGCCGUCGGCAAGCAGCCCGCGGUACGCGGACGAGCUUGAGCGGCGAGGACUCACACGGCUAGAUAUAAGGAUCAAGGUUAUUGCGGUGUGGGACACGGUGGGUAGCUUGGGUACACCGCGGUUUGGAUUUCUUCAGAAACUCGGGCUGCAGAACUCCGAGAGCAAGGAGAUGAGCUUCUACGACACGAAGCUGAGUAAUUGCGUCGAGAACGCAUUUCAGGCGCUGGCGCUGGAUGAGAAACGGUCCGCGUUCAGCCCCGCCGUCUGGGAGAAGCCGCCGGGAAACAAAACGACACUGCGGCAGGUGUGGUUUCCCGGCGUGCAUUCGAAUGUUGGGGGCGGAUAUGACGACCAGCAAAUCGCGAAUAUCACGCUCGCGUGGAUGAUGUCGCAGCUCGCGCCAUUCUUGGACAUGCGCGACGAGUAUCUGUUUGAGCUUGACGAGGAGAACGAGCGAUACUACCGGCGCGAAGGACAGGAUAUCCGCCCGUGGUCGUUUGGCGAGAUCUACAACUCCGCUACGGGGGUGUACGCUCUGAGUGGCACCGCGCUCCGCACACCCGGCCAUUACAUGGAAACAGACCCCUUCACCUGCCGCCCCACCGACCGUCCCCUCACCUACACGAACGAAUACAUCCAUGCCUCGGCCCGCACCCGCGUGCGUCUCGGCGGCCCCGGCCCCGCCGACAAGUCCUUCUACGAAUGUCCCGCGCUCACCCAAAAUUACCGCCUCGUCGUCGAGUACCCACCAGGCCCCAACGCGGACCCGGACAUCCACUGGAAACUCAAAUGGAAGGACCCCCUCGCGGUGAAAAUUCUACCUGAGGCGCCGCUAUGGGGGAUAGAAAAGGAGCUGUGUCGCAGGGAUCCCGAAACUUACGAUUAUGCUAAGAGACCACCAGCGACGAAGAAGGAAAAGAAGAAGGGGCGGCCGGUGAGUGCGAGUGUGGCGAGCCCUACGGCGGUGCGGUCUAGCAGGAGGAGUUUCACCGAGCCGGGCGCGGGGCUAGGGCGCAGUUCCACUGUCGUGGAGAAGAAGGGGAGGAGUAAGAGUAGAGUACGCACAGCGGAGUACGAAAGGGGUGGCACUAUUGGGGGCGGCGGAAGGAGUCGAGCGGGCAGCUUUGACGAGAGAAGCACGGUUAUCCGGGAGAGUAUGCCGCAUCGAAGGGAGAAGGAUAAGACUUGGUGGGAGGGGGCGAGGAGCAUUGAUCCGCGGGAGGGUGAUGGGGGAAGGAGUCCGCGGAGGAGUAGUAUGAGGGUUUAGGGUGG